GUCAUUAAUUCAAUGAGGAUUACGACAUACACGAGAUUUCUAAGAAGAGCAGUACAUUCCGUGAUGUCAAUGAAGCUUCCCCAUUUCGCGGAGGGAGAAGUCGUGAAGGGGUUCGGGAGGGGCAGCAAGGAACUGGGGAUACCCACAGCAAACUUCCCGGAGAGUGUGGUAGAGGAGUUACCCCCGGGUAUGCCCCUGGGUGUGUACUACGGCUGGGGUAGCGUGGACGAUGGUGAAGUCUACAAGAUGGUGCUGUCAGUGGGGUGGAAUCUGUACUACAAAAACACCAAAAAAUCAAUGGAGACCUACCUGAUGCACACAUUUAAUGAAGAUUUUUACGGGUCAAAGUUGAAGGUCAUCAUGCUGGGAUACAUACGUCCGAUGAAGGACUUUUCAUCACUAGAUGAGUUGAUACAAGCCAUAGAAAAUGACAUCUACAUCGCGAAGGAGAAGCUAGACCAGCCUGACAACCUUGUGUAUAAAACAAACAAUUUUUUCUCCCCAUCUGGUUGUAUACAGAACGGAAGUGUGGGAACAAGUGAAACCGUCAAAGAAGAUGGUCCCACCCAAUCCAAUACUUGAUGAUGGAUUUUAAUAUAGGGUUCAGCAUAUAUAUAUAUUUUUUAAAAGAUAACGAGAGAGCGAGAGGUGUUGAAAGAGAGAAUAAGAGUCGAUUUUUUUUUACCAUUGGACAUUCACUUAUUUCUGUAGAUUUUAAUCAGUAAAUAUUUAAAUUAUUUGUUUUUGCUUGUUAAAAGAUUAUAUAAUAAUUUUGUAUAUUUGUAUACCGUUAUUUAUUUACAGGUAAGUAAUCAUGGUAAUUGUCCAUUAAAAUGAAAGUUAGAAAUGAAGUGACUGACACACAAAUUAAUAAACCAGCUAUCUACAGUGGUAAAUACAGUGUUAAAUACUGUAAAUCAAUAGUAUAUUCAAGGUAGCUGGAUUUGAGAUGUUGAUGUCCAGCUGUACAUCUCCCACAGAAUAGAAAGUUGGUAACUUAUGUGCAUUAACUUCUACUUCUAUUGAAUACAUGUAACAUUUAAAUUUUUGUGUGGAUUUUUAUUAAAAAUACAUGUAUAGUGUUUAUUAAAUCCCUAUUAUUUAUGAUAAUAAAAUCGUAUCAAUUUUGCUUGAAAAUAUGAUGUACAUGUAUUAAUAUACGAGAGUGUUGAAACUACAUGUAUUUUGUGAAAUCUCCUAGUUUUCAAAUAUAUCUUUUAUAUAGCUUGCUAAUAUAUUUUUAUUGUUGGCAAUUAUGCAGAGGGAUUCAUGGUAUUACAUUUUAAUUAGGAUGGAAUCAGCCUUCAUAGAUAAUCCAAAGUCAGGAAUCUUUUUGACGAUAUUCUAACAAUCUGUGUUGCAUAUCAUUUCUUUAUGGUUCGUGAUUGAUAAGUUGUCAAACUUUUCCUUGUUUCUUAUAAUCAAUUGGAGAACCUCAUUCCAUACAUGUUCAUAACAUGCAUGGAUUGCUGCAUGAUUGUUUAAAAUAAAGGAUACAGCAACGCAGGACUUAGUCUUGAGCAAAGUAUUUUUGUGUGUGAUAAUUCUGUAGAACUUACCAUUCCCUUUCAAUAUGUCACCACUUAUUAUACAUGUAGGAUCUGUAGUGUAGCGUUUCCCGUGGAAUUCAACAAAACAUUUAUGUUCAUAUCUGCAUUAAUUUAUAAUGUUAGGUUCUUUGUUCAGGCAGCAUAUACUACAACUAUUGAUUGUUUUUCAUUGUUUUUCUUAAUUUAUUCUAUGAGGAACUUACCUCUGGUGACCAUGUUGACUUUUUGAAAUGCAGGAUAAUGGAUUUCUUGCUACAAAAUCAGCUGAUUAACUUCAGAUCUUACUUUUUAAUAAUUAUACAUAGUAAGCUGUGCUAAAAUAUUCAAGUGAAUCAUCUUUUGUUCUUUGAAAUAGAAACUGUUUUCUUGUCUUAUUAAUGCAUAUAUCUUUUUAAGUAAUUUAUUUUGAAUAAGGUGACAUUUUGUUUGUGUUACAAAGAAACAGAGUAUGAUGAAAGUUUUAAUUGUUUUAUAGGUAUAUUUACUAGCUGUCCACGUUAAUGAACAAUUGAUUAAAAAUGUUUGAAGAAAAAUUUGCAGCCUUUGCCUGUAUGUUAUUUUUCUUAAAAAUUCAACUAAAAAAGCUUGAAAUUUUAAUACAUCUUUAAAACUUUGAAAUGUAUUUUAAUAUAAGGUUUGUUAUUGUACUUUACUCUGAGUUGCUGUUUGAUCUUCUGAAAUAUUAAAAAUAAAAAAAAUAAACAGAAAAAAUAUAUUCUUGCUGAAAAUUGCAAAUAUAUGUUAUUGCUUCUUUCAAAUCAAAUGGAGAACAGUAUUCAGGUCUUGGUGCAAGCUCUCAGUAAUGUGAAAUAAAACAGACCGUUACAUGUAAAUGUCUUUUUCAAGUAAAAUUUCCAAAUGUAGAAUGUUAGGUCAGUUGUGUACUUGUUGAAGUCUUUGAAAAAUCUGGUAACUUGUUGCA